AUGGCCUAUGACCGCUACGUUGCCAUCUGCAAACCCCUGCACUAUGGGACCCUCCUGGGCAGCAGAGCUUGUGUCCACAUGGCAGCAGCUGCCUGGGGCACUGGGUUUCUCUAUGCUCUGCUGCACACUGCCAAUACAUUUUCCCUACCUCUCUGCAAGGGCAAUGUCUUGGACCAGUUCUUUUGUGAAAUCCCCCGCAUCCUCAAGCUCGCCUGCUCACUCUCCUAUAUGAGGAAAGCUGGGUUUCUUCUGGUUAGUGCCUGUUUAACAUUUGGGUGUUUUGUUUUCAUCAUGCUGUCCUAUGUGCAGAUCUUCAGGGCCGUGCUGAGGAUCCCCUCUGAGCAGGGACGGCACAAAACCUUUUCCACGUGCCUCCCUCACCUGGCCGUGGUCUCCCUCGUUGUCAGCAGUGCCAUCUUUGCCCACCUGAAGCCCCCCUCCAUCUCCUCCCCAUCCCUGGAUCUGGUGGUGGCUAUUCUGUAUUCGGUGGUGCCUCCAGCAGUGAACCCCCUCAUCUACAGCAUGAGGAACCAGGAGCUCAAGGAUGCCCUCCGGAAACUGGCCGAAUGGACGCUGUUUCACCCACAAUAA